GAGAGAAGCAGUGCACGCCAAAACUUUCCCCUCAAGGAUUAUUCAUGACAUUUCACAGCGUGAUUGUGAAGGGAUUCCUGGUGUCACGCCAUGUUUAAGGCUGUGCUGAAGAAGAGCGGGAAAAACGGCAAGAAGGACGCAGGGGAACCGUACCUGCCCGGUGUCCAGCGCAGGUGUCCUGGUGGUGGAGUGCAAGAUGCUAAUAAGGUCCUCCCGUACCCCCCAACAGAGGAAGGCCUCAGACUCAGUUUGGCUAAGGGUGUGUCCAUGUCUCUCCCCUCCUCCCCUCUCCUGCCCCGACAGACGUACGUGAUGGCGGCUCACCCCUGCAAGAAGUCUCCAGGACCCAUUAGAAAGCCUAAAUAUGUGGAAAGUCCACGUGUUCCUGGAGAUGCCAUCACAUCAUCCUUGAGGAAGGUGGCUAACACUGCGACUGAUCUGGCCAGUGCUGGCCCCUCCUCCGCCACUCAGGAGUUGAUGACACGCUUGGGGUUCUUACUGGGCGAAAGCAUCCCGGGCUCCGCGCGCAUACCUAUGGAAGACAAGAAUGAAAAAAAGUGUGCAGUAAAUCAAGGGAUCAGUCCGGGUUCGACUCUGACCAGCAGCACAGCGUCUCCGUGUACAGACAGCCCAUGUUCCACCUUAAACAGUAACAACAGUCGACCGGCAGCGAGUCACCGCAGCCCUUGUGGAACCAUCACCAGCCCCAGUUCCACCCUCGAGAGCAAAGACAGCGGGAUUAUAGCCACUAUCACCAGUUCAUCAGAGAAUGACGACCGCAGCGGCUCCAGUCUGGAGUGGAGUAAAGAGGGCAGUAUAAGGAGCUGCGGUCAGCAUGCGCUGGCACAGACGACUACACGGGCAGACACGUGCUCUCCGGUGGCCGAGGAGGACCCGUCAACGUCCGGGGCAGAGGACAGGGGCAGAACCAAGACAACUUCAGGAGCGACAGGGCCCAUUUCUGAGGGACCCGUGCACUAUCCCUCACUGAACUCGUCCAGUCUUAUGAUGCCUCGACCGAACUCAGUUGCAGCAACGAGCUCCACUAAGCUGGAGGAUCUGAGCUAUCUUGAUGAACAGCGAAACACCCCCUUGCGGACGUCCAUCCGUCUGCCCUGGCACAACACUGGCGGCAGAGCGCCACAUGACAAAGCUCGCUUUGCUCCGUACAAGCCCACUGACAUCAUGCUCAAGCCACUGCUGUUCGAGGUGCCCAGCAUCACCACUGACUCUGUGUUCGUUGGCCGGGAUUGGCUGUUCCAGCAACUUGAGGAUGACCUGAGGUCCAGCGAAUCAGACGAGAGCUCUGGGGCUAUCAUUGUGGGUAACGUGGGCUUUGGCAAAACCGCCAUCAUCUCUCGCCUGGUGGCCCUCAGUUGCCAUGGCGGCCGCAUGCGUCAGAUCGCAUCCAACAGCCCAAGCACUUCUCCUAAAAGUGGAGAGCAGAGUUCGGAUUUGCCCUUGAGUCAACCGCCUCAACCUAACCCGCCCCCGAGUGCCACCAACACCCUGAGAUUCAACAACUGUCCAAGCACACCUGAGCUCCAGCGACGCUGCGAGGAGGCCGUCAAACGCCUGGCUGCAAAGGUGGUGGCGUAUCAUUAUUGUCAGGCCGAUAACACGUACACGUGUCUAGUUCCUGAGUUUGUGCACAGCAUCGCGGCUCUCCUGUGCCGAGCACAUCAGCUCACCGCAUACCGCGAGCUGCUGCUGAAAGAGCCUCAUCUGCAGAGCAUGCUCAGUCUGCGCACCUGCGUGCAAGACCCCAUGGCUGCCUUCCGACGGGGCAUUCUCCAACCCCUCGCCAAUCUACGCAAAGAGGGGAAGAUUCCAGAGGAAGAUUACAUCAUCUUGAUUGACGGGCUGAACGAGGCAGAGUUUCAUAAACCAGACUAUGGCGACACUAUUGCCUCCUUUAUUACAAAGAUCAUUCCCAAAUUCCCCAGCUGGCUCAAUCUGAUCAUCACCGUGAGAACGAGUCUUUUGGAGAUCACCAGUCUGUUGCACUUCUCCAAGAUCAGCCUGGAUGAAUUCCCAGACAGCAAAGAGAUCGGGACGGACCUGAACGGCUACAUACAGUACCGUAUCAACAGCAGCCAGAACAUUCUCAACAACAUUUCCCUCAACGGCAAAGCCGACCCCAUCAUCGUGGGGAAGGUCAGCUCCCAUCUAACCUCCCGAAGCCAGGGGUCAUACCUGUACCUAAAACUGACCCUCGACCUCUUCGAGAAGGGCCAUCUGGUCAUUAAAAGCGCGAGCUACAAGGUGGUCCCCGUCUCUCUGUCGGAACUCUACCUGCUUCAGUGCAACAUGAAGUUUAUAAGCAACUCUGUAUUUGAACGUGCUAUGCCCAUCCUCAACGUGGCGCUAGCGUCUCUACACCCACUUACGGAUGAGCAGCUGUUUCAGGCGCUGAACGCGGGCAGCGUGAGAGGAGAACUGUCGUGGGAGGACUUCCAGCAGAGAAUGGAGAUGCUAUCGUGUUUCCUGAUCAAACGGAGGGAUAAUACACGCAUGUUUUGCCACCCGUCCUUUAGAGAGUGGCUGGUGUGGCGGGCAGAUGGAGAGAGCUCGGACUUCCUGUGUGACCCCAGGAGUGGUCAUGCCCUGAUGGCCUUCAUUUCGUCCAGGCAGGAGGGCAAGUUAAACCGGCAGCAGACGAUGGAGUUGGGCCACCACAUCCUAAAAGCGCACAUCUUUAAGGGUCUGAGUAAGAAGACCGGUGUGUCGUCCAGCGUUCUUCAGGCAUUAUGGAUCAGCUGCAGUACUGAUGUUUUAUCUGCAGCUUUGGCCUCUCUGAGGAACCUCUACACACCCAAUGUCAAGGUGAGUCGUUUGCUGAUGAUGGGUGGAGCGAAUGUCAACUAUCGUACGGAGGUGUUGAAUAAUGCCCCAGUGCUCUGCGUCCAGUCUCACCUGGGCCAUCAGGAGAUGGUUGCCCUGCUGCUGGAGUUUGGGGCGAAUGUAGAUGUGCUUUCAGAGAACGGCAUGAGUUCACUGUGUUACGCAGCGGCCGCUGGGCAUCUGGGACUGAUCAGUCAGCUCUGUAAGAGAGGCGCCAAGGUGGAUCUCGUGGACAAGAGCGGUCAGGGUGCAUUAGUGCAUGCGGCUCUGCGGGGUCAUCCUGAGGUUAUUAAAUGUUUGCUUGAGUUGACCUGGAGCAGUGAAGGUCAGCAGGUGGACCUCAGCUUGAAGAACAAAGCCCUGCAGCAGGGACUCAUAGCAGCCUGCAGUAUGGGACAUACACAUGUGCUGGAAGGCUUGUUGACGUUGAAUAAUGAUCUGGCUGUACAGAUUGAUGCUCAUGACACGCUGUGGGGUGAAACAGCUCUGACAGCGGCGGCAGGACGGGGGAAGUUGGAAGUGUGCAGCUUCCUGUUAGAGCAGGGGGUGCAGGUUCAGCAGGUGAACAGACGAGGAGCAUGUGCGCUCUACUGCGCAGUGCGACAGGGACACUGGCAGAUUGCAGAUCUGCUGUUGCAGCAUGGUUCAGAUGUGAAUGUAAGUGACAAACAAGGACGCACACUGUUGAUGGUUGCCGCAUGUGAAGGGCAUCUGAGCACCGCUGACUUCCUGUUAUCUAAAGGUGCCUCUUUAACGUCGGUGGAUAAGGAGGGGUUAACUCCUCUCAGCUGGGCUUGUUUGAAAGGACACAAGAAUGUUGUUCAGUUUUUGGUGGAGAAGGGUGCGGUUAUUGACCACUUGGACAAGAAUGGACGCACUCCGCUCGACCUGGCUGCUUUCUACGGAGACGCAGACAUGGUACAUUAUCUGGUUGAGAAGGGAGCCGUGAUUGAACAUGUGGAUUACAGUGGGAUGAGACCUCUGGAUCGAGCCAUCGGCUGCAGAAACACAUCAGUGGUUUUGACCUUACUCAAGAAAGGAGCUAAACUUGGCUACAGAACGUCUCCUUAUGAUCGAACAGGUAACGCUGCCUGGGCGAUGGCGACAUCCAAACCAGAUAUCCUGAUUAUCCUCCUACAGAAACUCAUGGAGGAAGGCAAUCUGCUUUAUAAGAGGGGAAAGAUGAAGGAAGCAGCUCAGCGGUAUCAGUACGCAUUAAGGAAGUUUCCCAGAGAGGGUUUUGGUGAUGAGCUGAAGGCCUUUAAAGAGCUGCGAGUCUCUUUGUACCUCAAUCUCUCCCGCUGUCGCAGGAAAACCAACGACUUUGGCAUGGCGGAGGAGUUUGCCACAAGGGCUCUGGAGCUCAAACCCAAAUCAUAUGAGGCGUACUAUGCUAGAGCCAGAGCAAAACGGAGCAGCAGACAAUUUACUGCGGCAUUAGCAGACCUGCACGAGGCGACCAAACUCUGCCCCAACAAUCGUGAGAUCUGCCGUCUGCUGGCUCGGGUUGAGGAGGAGUGUAAACAGAUGCAGCGGUCGCAGUGUAAACAGCAGGGGGAGCCAAACGCACCAGCUGCUAACCACGACUCGGAUCACGAACACGGCGAUCAAGAGGACGAUGACGUGACAGAACGCAGCCUGGGACGGGAAAUCGAGGAUGAGCCGGGCUCUGAGGCAUGGCAUCAAAACAUCUACUCGCUCAACCGGAGUGUGCCGGAUUCUAAUGGUCGUUCAGUGUCGCCCCCUCACAGGCAAAGCCUUCGACACCAGCACAGAGAGCCCGUGGCUCAGAAGAGCCUUGUGCAGCCAAGCAAGCAGGCCCAGAUCGUCAAAACCAGCCAACACCUUGGAUCUUUACAGGUAGGGUGUACACGACAAACAAGUACCAAGUCGCAGUAUGCACCUUCCAGUCCGAUCCCGAGUCGUCACAUAUCAAGCGUGCUCAAAGCAGGGCCAGGCAUUGACAUCAGCCCUCUAUCGGCGAAUUUUGACGAUGCAGGACGGCCGUCCAUGGCAGCAAGUCAUGAAAUCGAGGAUUUUCAUAUUGCACACUCCUCUAAAACUCAAGAAAGAGUCUCUAGAGAGGCUCCACCUGUGUUGUCAUUGGAUGGCAUGGGAUUCUCCAUGGCCCCUGGAGUUCAAGCCCAGGAUUCGAGGAAGGGGUCGCAGGCAACCAACAUGAGGGUUUCGAGCUCCACAAGUAGCCUUGCUUCAAGCAGUAGCUUAUCGGACAGUGGGAAAGCGCAAGGUCCAGAUGUACGUACCAAAACGGGCACGGACAAGCCUAAGAUCAGCCAGGGAGGAUCAAUGGAAUACAAACCCAGACCUUUCAUGGGGAUUAUGGACAAAACGGCUCGAUUUCAACAACAACAACAACAACAACAGCAGCAGCAGAGUCAUCCAACACCAGUGUCCCGUGGUUGGCAAAGUCAAUCCACUGAAGGUCUGGUCGGCCACAGCAUGUCUUCUGCAGGUGUGAACUGUGAGCUUGUAUACACCAAACCAAACAACGCUUACUACGAGCAAUUCAAAACUCCCUCUCAGGUUUCUGCCUUGGGCGGCCAGCACAAUGGGAGUUUGCACUCGAAAGAGUUCAACGACAAGUUCUGCCAAGCUGCCACUUGUCACAAAGAACCCAAGCCGGCUCUCGUCAUGGCGCAUUCCUUCACAGACAGUAUGCCGAAGCCACCCAGCUUGACACGAGAUAACCCCACUCUUCAUGUAGCUUCAAUUAAACCAAAGAGAUCCUUUAUAGAGUCUAAUGUUUAGGGCAUAUUCAUAGGCAACCUCUCAUCCCCCCAAAACACACUUCAGAUGAAGCUAUUUACUUUGAGGAUUGUCCAAACUCUAAUAUACACACACAUCAGCCACAACAUUAAAACCACCAGCCUAAUAUUGUGUAGGUCCCCCUCGUACCGCCAAAACAGCACCAACCCGCAUCUUAAAAUAGGAUUCAGACAUGAUGUACUUCUUGUACAGAGCGGUUAUCUGAGUUACCGUAGACCUUGUCAGUUCGAACCAGUCUGGCCAUUCUCAGUUGACCUCUCUUGAACAAGACAUUUCCCUUCGCAGUAAAUUCUAGAGACUGUUGUGCAUGAAAAUCACAGGAGAUCAGCAGUUACAGUAAUACUCAAACCAGCCCAUGUGGCAUGCCUUGUUGAAGAGAGAGGUCAACUGAGAAUGGCCAGACUGGUUUGAACUGACAAAGUCUACAGUAAGUCAGAUAACCACUCUACAAUUUUGCUGAUAAGAAAAUCAUCUCUAAAUGCUUUCCUGAGAUGCGGGUUGGUGCUGUUUUGGCGGCACGAGGGAGACCUACACAAUAUUAGGCAGGUGGUUUUAAUGUUGUGGCUGAUCGGUAUGUAUAUAUAUAUAUUACAAUGUUUAAACUAACAUUAACUAAAUAUGAAAAAUUUUCAGGCAAUUAUUAAUGUUCACUAAUGUUAAGUUCAACUUUAUUCUGACAUGUUACCAUAAAACUAAAACUCAUGAGAACAUAAAUACAGUCAAGUGUGUCCAGAACUUUUACAGUUAGUAUAUAUGUACAGAAAAUAUUUACUCCAAAACUCAUUUACAUAUAUUUUAAAGGGAAAUGUAAACGCAAGUUCAGACUUGUGUUAAUUGGCUGAGCAGGUGCAAAUAUUCUCACAAUAACCCAGUAGCAGUCAACUAAUUGGUCUGGCAUCAUUUUACACAAAACAUAUUUGAUAGGAAAUUUAUAUUCUGAAUUUAAAGGUGCUGUAAACUAUUUUUUCCAUUGAAAGUUGUGCAAAAGAAGUUACUAAUCCCUGAAAGAUAUUAAAGAAAUAAGUGUCUCUGUGACCGCUCUAGACAAACAAAAAUGUGUUCGCGGGCCGUGGACAAUGACGCUUUCUGCCUGUCAAUCACUUUGCGCGUUCUCAUUGUAUUGUAGUUGCAGUGACACUUUAAGGCAUAAUGCAUUUUUAUGCCAUAUUGUUCUCCAACAUGCCAGUUGUCAAUUGCGUCCACCAUUUUGCUGCUAGUGUUUUUGAUAACCGUUUCUGCUCGAUAUCUGUUUUAAUAAAGCUCAUUUGGUAUCUUUGGAGUGUGGGGUUUUGGAAAGAGGGGGUGUGGCUUAUCCAGUGGUUCAGAUGGUCAAAAUUCUAGAAUGGCUAAAAUUGCUUACAGCACUUUUAAGGCUGAUGAUAAGCAGGUCGUUAAUCGGCCUGGCAGAUAUAUUAGUCUUUCACUACUCUUAAAAGACCAUAUUUACAUUAAGCCUUGAACGUAGACAAUUAUUCAGGCUGGUUGUAUUUUUUUAAACCCUUCAAAAGGGCAUGGUGCCAUAAUGGGCUUUAAUAUUGCUGCUCACUCACUGUGUGUCAAACAAGAGACACUGCACUGAAUCAGCAGAGGAACAUGCCGAGACCAUGACACGAAACUUGUAAUAAUUGAUAAAGAAGGACUAAUCUAGUGAUCUGCACAAGGGGAUAAUGUUGACCGGCAUUCCUCUGCUAUGAGAAAAAUCAGACCCUCUAACAAUGUAAAUAUUAUGUGUAAUUUCCACCUUUUAGUGUAUAUCUACAAAAAAAUGUAACAAGUCAAGCGCUUUUAGUUGACAUUGUUCAAGGGUCCUAAAAAAAAUGUACCUGUUUUGUAUGUUUGUACAUUUUAUUUGAAUUUGCCCAAAAGCGUUAAAAGGCCAUUCAUUUGUUGUUUCUGCUCGUUAUUUCUGUCUAGAAUAAUUUAUUUUUCAGCGCGUCUGGCUUGGGAUCUGUAAAAACAAUAUAUUUUAUAAAGUUAUUUUUGCACAGCUACUUUAAAAUGGAAAUACGUUUUACGGUGCCAGUACGAAACUAUGGAGGUCAUCUGGGUGUGCGCGCAUGCUAUGAUUUAUGUGAAAGAAUUGGAAAAAAAUAUAUAAAAUAGGAAUGAGAUGGGCAGCAGUUAUAUUUUCAGUGUGUAUAAAUAUAUUUUUUUCUGCAAUUUUUGCCUCGAGUUGUGUGAACUGUACAAUCUGUUACCACAUUCUGUAUCAAAAAUGAAUUUGCUGUGAUCCAUCUGUGGAAAAUAAAAAUCUCA